GGCCACUUCCCUGUUGACGCUGGGGGAACAGGAAGUAGACCUAAAGUUUGUUGCGGGAACCAAAGCAGGGAAUCAAACAGGCUGAAAUGAGUCGGAUUUAUCAAAACACUGCGCUGCAAAAUAAACCUGUUAACAAUGAAAAAAUAAGCAGCAAAUGGCAGCCGUCUACCUACCAGAGUGGUCUUGGAGUCAUUUUGGAGGGUACGCUGGUUGAUGUGUCACGGCACGUAAUCACUGACGCAUCCAACCAGAAGGAUCGCUAUUAUGUUCUGUACAUUAAACCCAGUCGAGUUCAUCGGAGGAAGUUUGAUUCGAAGGGGAAUGAGGUCGAGCCCAACUUCAGUGAAACCAGGAAGGUGAACACUGGCUACCUGAUGUCAUCUUUCAAGGUGGAGGCCAAAGGGGAGACGGAUCGGCUCUCCGAGGUGGACCUGAAGGAGGCAGUGAACAAGGCGGAGCUGGUGAAGGUGACGGAGAAGCACACUCCUGGUGAGACCGUGGCGUUCUGGCUUCCCGAGGCAGAGAUGCAGAAGACCGAACUGGAACCGGGCCAGGAGGUGCGGCUCAAGACCAAAGGAGACGGGCCGUUCAUUUUUUCCUUGGCUAAAGUGGACGGAGGCACAGUGACCAAGUGCAACUUCGCCGGAGACGAAAACGCAGGGGCCUCGUGGACGGACAAGAUAAUGGCGAACAAAGACGGGGGGAGCGUGCCGGCAGGGGCGGGCGAGGGCGCGGAGGACGAGGAGUGGGAUGACUGAGAUGAGGGAUGCAACUCUCGGCAAAAACAGUAAAGGAGCACACAGCUCCAGCCACACUAUUAACCCCCCUGUGUGGGCUGGACUCUGAGGAGGAGAUCAUAAGCUGGACGCAAUUCAUUUUAUUAACUGAACAUUAUUCAAUAUGUACACAGACAUAUUUAUGCCAACUUGCUGUGCUGUGUCAUGCCAAUACAUACAGAUGCAUACAUGCCUCAUAUUAACUCAACUAAUAAACUUGGUUCAGAUCAACACUGUGACCAAACGAAUAUAUAACUUCAAAAUUAGUUUUUCAGUGUUCCUGAAACUUCUGUCUUUUGGGGAUAAGGUAUUUGUACAACACUGCCAAUUGGCAGACAACUGUCAUUCUUUUUUUAUUAUUUCUUUUACUCUUUCAAUAAAUACAUUUUUAUAUAUAAAAAAA